AGACCCAACGCAAGGUGCAAAACAAAGUUGAAUAAUGACAAUAACCCUCGCUGACAUGUUCGGCUCUCGGUGCCUCCUGUUCACCCUCCACGUUCCUCGCACAAGCACAACGCGCGGUGUAGAGCUCGCGAGCGUCUUUCUUCGUUUGUGAGUCUGCAGCUCGCGAAAUCCUUGGCUCGGGUUGGCUCUCCUGCGCUGUCGGACGCGCGCGCACACGUGCACGCACGCACACUGGCAGCAGAGCAUCACGAGAGAGGCAGAAGCAGCGGAUACGGUUUGACGGGGAGUGCGACGGGCUUUGACUUUGGCUGCUUAGUCACAUUUUGCUUUUGACCGGAGAGGAGGCGAAGGAUGGAGCGGGCAGAAGACAAACACUGAGCGGGUCAGCGGGAGAAGAAUACGGGAAGGAGGCAGCGGGGAGGGGGGUUUCCGACAUCCGGAGCAGAUGAUGCUUGUUUGCCGCAGGCCCCGCCAUCGUGAAAUUGGAUACCGACUUGCGGCGGAUGGGGUGACCGAGCUCGCUGCUCCGCCGGGGAGGUCCCUGCCUUCGGACGUUACCGGGGUGGGAGCUGCCUGUGCCCGGUUCUAAGGAAGGAAGGAGUGGCAAGAGGGGAAAAUGCAGACGGAGGAGGAGACGGCCACCGCAGAAGAGCCCAUUUUGGAGGAAGGGUCAGGACGAGAGCAGCAAAGGCCAGUCCAGCAGUCUCUGGCCUCCUCCCUGUGUCGGGAGUCCCACUGGAAGUGCCUCCUCCUGACCCUCCUCAUGUACGGCUGCUUUGCCACGCUCGCCUGGUGCGCUCUCUGUCGUGUACCCGUUCUCGGCUCCUCCUCCAUACCUAUUGGUUCUGACGACGACGCCACCUCGGCGGCCUACUAUAAUGACAUCUUGCACUUGGAGAGUCCGUGCUCUAGUGGCUACGUCUACAUCCCCCUGGCCUUCCUGGCAAUGCUGUAUGUGGUUUACUUGGUGGAGUGUUGGCACUGUUUCUCCAAGACGGCAAUGUUGGCCCAUGCUGAAUUCCAGGAAGUGUACGAGCGUGUGCAGAGACUUCAGCAGGCCACACCUUGCAUUUGGUGGAAGGCCAUCAGCUAUCACUACGUGAGGAGGACCAGACAAGUGACAAGAUACCGCAACGGAGAUGCAUAUACCACCACACAGGUCUACCACGAGCGGGUGAACACUCACGCCUCCAGUUCAGAGUUUGACUACGCCCGCUAUGGGGUGAAAGACGUAUCAAAGGAGCUGCUGGACCUGCAACUGCACCCUGCUGUUCGCUUGCGAUUCACCAAGUGUUUCAGUUUCUCCAGUGCACGUGCUGAAGCUGCCUACCUCACCCAGCGAGCACGCUUCUUUGGGGAGAACGAGGGGCUUGACGACUACAUGGAGGCCAGAGAAGGGAUGCACCUGAAGAACGUGGAUUUCCGUGAACACAUCCUGGCGUUCCCAGAUCCUACUCACCAGCCGUGGUUUUCUAGGCACAGGGUGUUCUGGCUGGCGUCUGCUUUCCUCCUGUCGUGGCCACUGCGGGUUGUGUCAGAAUAUCGCACAGCGUAUGUCCACUACCACGUGGAGAAGCUGUUUGGGGAGGACGAGGAUGGUGGUGGAGGAGGUGGUGGAGGAGGGCCGGGUGGAAGAGGGGAUGGGGUUGAUGGAGGGACUGAGAAUGGAAUCCACCCAGGGGGAAUUGGGAUUGGAAUUGGUCUAAAUGGGACAAGUUACAGAGCCAUCUCUCGGGUCAACACAGUGGACAUGACAGAAUUGGAGUGGCACAUCCGCUGUAACCAACAGAUGGUGCCAAGCUACUCUGAAGCGCUCCUUAUGGACAUGGACACAAGUGGGGGGUCAAACCCUACCGCCUCUACGCCCAUCUCUGGGCCUCCAUGCACCACCCCCAGCCAGGGGACCAACCCCCCUCCUCUAGCUCUGCCUGUGGUGUUCAACUCAGCUUACCUCCUCCAAAGCUGUCCCAGAUGUCGGAGGACCACGUCGAGUUCCAGUCUUCCUUCCAGGCUAAGGGCCCCGAUGGGAACCACAGCCCUCCUGAACGCUACCGUGGCAGGUAUCAGGGCAGCAGGGCAGGGAAGUGGGGGUAUAGGAGGAAGGUUGGUUCUCAGUCGGAGUGGAUUCUCUCUAGGGAGACUCGGAGGGGGGCGCCAGAACAGCCUGUUUCAUUCAAGAAGCAUGGGAGGAGGCCUGGGAGGAAGUAGGGAAGAAGGAGGAGGCGGAGGUGGGGGAGGUAGUGGAGGAGGAGGUGGAUUCCUUGGGUUAGGGUCGAGACAGGACAACGAGGAGACCAGAGGUGUGCUAGAAGGAGAAGGGGAUGAUGACGACGAGGAAGAGGAGCAGGAGGAGGAGGUGAGGAGAAGGGAAGACAGAGGAAGAGGAGGCCGCGAGAGGGAUGAAGAAGUGGAGCAAGACAGUGCAGGGGGAGGCGAGGUGAGGGAGGGUGACGGGGGAGGGAGGGACCGCCCCCCAUCCUACCAGGACGCAUUCUUCUUUCCCGUCCUCAUUAUACACGGAGAGGAGAGCUGCCACGCUGGAGACGACAUGUGACGAUCAGAAAAAUAAACACAUCAAGAGCAAGAAAGUAUGGGCAGAGGCCGAGGGAGAUUAAAAAAACGCACUGAACAGAAAGAAAAGAGUGGAUCGAGGAGAAGUGGAUGAGGGAUAAUGAGAUAUGAAAUGAUUCAGUCAAAACAAAACAUGAGCGGUAAGAACAGCUGUCUGGAAGAUAGAUUUAGCCAAGAAAGAGGGGAAAAGGAGAGGUGGCGAUGGAGAGAAUAGAUUUGAAAGGGAAAAAAAGAAUGUAUUCUGUAAUAAGGCAGGAAACACACUGGUUUGGAAGGAGAUGAGAGCUGAUGGGGAGAGCAGCAGCAAGAUAAUAUGGAGUCUGAGAAUAUGAGUGACGGCAAGAAAAUCGCUCCAAUCCUAGACUUCGCUACACUGAGAUUGUGAGAGAGAUGGGGACAGAUUAGAUACAUGGGAAGAACAAAAAGACUGAAAAUCUUGGAAUGUGGAUUUCCAGAUAUAUCUAUGCAAGAAGAGGAGUGGGAUGUGUACAAAGUCUAAAAAUAACAGGUUGGAGAGCAGUGCAGAGACUCCAAACCAGCCGAGUGAUAUUGGGUAUUUUUUUCAAAGGGUAUUUUGACUGCUUAAAGCUUCGGUUUUGCUAAACAUCAAAAUAGUUAGUAUCGGACAAAGAAUAUGGCUUAUUUAAAGAAUGCAAUGCAGAAAGUUGAAAUAAUUCCUAAACAACAGAGGGGAUCACAAAGGAUUACAAACUACAAUGUAGGGAAGUAUGGGGAGGGAAACAAUGAUGUGUUUCUGGCCAGGUAAAAUGUAAAAGAAAGGAAUCCAAGAGUUUUGUAGUGCAGCACAGCAACAAUAGAAAAACAGAAGUAGAAUACAAACUGGACACAAUACUCAUGCAGAUUCUUAAAAGACACAAAACAGAAUGAUCAAAAACGAUCAACUCAAGAGGAGGAGAAAAACAAUAUCCCCGACAAAACACCCUCUGAGCAGCAAUCCCGACCUUAAAUGUAAUCGUAACAUUCAGAUAGUCCCCCCAGUAACAGGUCCCUAUGAUAAAGUAGGUGUUUCUCAGGUCUUUUAAGAUUUACUAUACAGCUUCACAUAGCAUCUCACUAACAGCCGUAACAGUACAAUAAAAGAGGAGAACCAUUGAUUUCCUCCCUGUCUCCCCAUGCCGUCUUACUCCUCACUCCUCCAUUAGCUCCCCCACUACUCUAUCCAUUACUGAUAUGGAGCUUGAUAGAAAAAAAAACAUCCAUAAACAGAGGUUCAAUCGCAUCUCUACCCUGCUCCUCUUUCCUCUUUCUGCUCUCCUCCCUCCAUUUUGUCACCUCUUUGGUACUCAUUCAUCCUUCCUCACCCCUCUCUGCACUGAAAGCUGUGAGUUAAAGGUUCUGAGCAACACAUUUAUCGCCUUUUAUAAACACCGAUAUUUGUGAAGGGAGAGGGUGUUGUACCAAAAUAGAUUCACUGCAUCCAUCAUCAACUUCCCCUCCUCUUUCCCUCUGCCAUCUUCUCUCCUCUGCUCCUCCCCUUCCUCCUUUUUAAAGUGGUGGUUAUGUGAUACACUGCUCUCUGCUUCUGCAAAUGCUUAGAUCAGAUUUCAUCUCAGCUCACUCCACAUAUCACAUCUCCGCUAGGCGGAGUUUUCUCCUCUAGGAUCAGAUUUUAUAAACCAGAUAUUUCCCACUUAUGUGAAGUUUUUGAUGACCUCGCUAUUUUAUGUCUGUGUAUUUUCAAAGACACAGAAUGAGAUUUGAACAGAUGAUGCGGGCACUUUGAUCAUUGAGUUUACCCAGUGCGUAGAGAAGCGAAAGAUGUAGACACAAUUGCAUUUUAAAGAUAUUGAUUUUCACACACAGUAAGAGUAAAAUGUUUGGCUAAUUUCCACCAGUUAUGCCUGUGUAGUUGCGCUCUAGUUGAAAUGUUUGUACCCAAAGGUAGGCUUGUGCAAUAUGAAGAAAAAUUUUACAAUAACCAGUAAACCAUCCUCCAAUAUCAGUAUACUAUAUAUCACACUACUGUAUGUGUUUAGGCAUGAAGAAAAUCACCUCUUUAUCUCAUUUAUGUCCAUAAUAUUGGACUGCAUGAGAAGUAAAACUUGAGCUCUCAAGCUCAGCUGGUAUUUUCAUAAUAAAAAAAAGAAGAAAUCAGACUUUUGAUUGCUUCAUAUUUUUAGUGCAGACAACAAAAUUACAAUAUUAAAAUAAAACCCACAAUAUGAUCAUAAUAAUCAAUAACGUCCAGCCCUGUGAUAGAUUAAUUUUGGCCAGAUCGUGCCACGCUGCUACCUCCUCCUCUUGAAGAAUCACCUGCAAAUAAGUAACAGUGCUCUCUGAAACAUCGCCUCACUAUUAAAUGUGUAAAAGUUAGCUGGCAUAGAGAUGCAUGUGACUCAAUAACAGCUACUAAAAGCUAUGUAGCAAAUAUGUCAGCCAUCGCCAAAAAAACAGUGAUCCAUGGUCAAUCAACAGAAAUUUAGAUACAUGUAGACAAGGUCACAGGCAGGACUCCAUGGGGAUUAACUCUGUCCUACUUUUGAGUUAGUAUGUUUUGGUCAGUCCAAGGAGAGGCAAUUGGCACAGACAACACGACCAUCAGUGCUUUGAUGCAUAUAUUUUACAAAGCACACUAAACCUGCUACAGUAGCAAGAAGCAGUUAGAGUAGUUAGAUGAACAUUUCUCAACCUUCCCUGCAUAGUGCCCUUCAAAGGUCACUUCAGCCACUUUGUGAUGUUGGAAGGGUCUCCCUCGUUCUCUAUCUGCUUACUUCGGACGUGACAAUGAAAAGCACACAAAAAGAUGGAGAGAAAUCUCUUACUCGAGGGGUUUCCUGAAAAUAGAGCAAAAAUGAUGCUUGAUCCACUUUAGAAAUGAUGGAGAUAAUGGACACAUUAAUGAACAUAUGCUCAGCCACACAGAUACUGUAACAACAAACAUCCAACCUGGAUUCAGCAGCAGGGAACGCUCUUUCAAUGAAACUUUCUGGAAAGAUAAAGUAGAGCAUGAGUGUUGACCUGGUUUGGUGUACAGGACACACACACGCACACACUGACACACAUUCACACACGGUGAUUCUGGUUCACGGACCUUCGGUAGCUUUGGGGGACAUCAAGCUGAACUGGGCACAAGGAAACUAAUGGACAUAGUAAUUAAUGGAAGAAAACCGACAGAGGAAAUAAACAAGUGUUUCUAUGUGACUGGAGAUCUGGAAAAAAGCAAAGACUCGCUUAAACAGCCACAGGAGGGAAGAAAGAGUGAAAAUGUGAGAUUAAAAGACAAUUAUUUUUACAGCUAUUUAUCAUUAUCUCAGUCUCUUGACUUGUGGAUAAAAGUGUCUCCAUUAAUGUCCCUUAACAAAAAGAAGCACUAAAAAGCACUGACCACACUUUGAUUUCAUUGCAACAUGUUGCUUACACUAACUCCCAAUCAUUCAGUUUGUUAUUUUGUCUCAUUGUAAUACCGUGGCUUGGAAGGUUCUGUCAUUUUGUUCAUGUAGCUAGUUAGCCACACGAAUUGGAAAUCACAAGUAGUGAUCUCCAAUUUAAAAUCUGACUGCUUUUACAUUUCUAUCUAAAUACUUUGCCACCAAAAGUGGCAGAACAAGAAAAUACAAUUCAGUCUGUAAUUUGCUACUUUUAUAUCAUCUGCAUACUUGAGUAGACAUUAUUUCAGGUUGUUUAAGUGAUGUCUAAAAUCCAAAUGCCUUUGUAAGCUUUAGAAAUUUCUCAUAUCUUAGUUUUGUUUUUUUAUUUCAUUUUUUUAUUUUUGUAAAGAGGACAAAUGCUCUUUGUUUCCCAAUGAGCUCUGGUUGGUAAGCCUCUGGCUCUGAAAUGUGUAGGGUGCUUAGACCCAGUUAUACUUGCUUGCAAGUCCUUAUUUAUUUAUUUAUUUAUUUAUUUAAAACAGACAAGUGUAUAUCACUCAUGUGUUGCGACUGGAUAUUUAUACGGUGUUUUAUUAUCUCAGAGUGUGUCAAAAGUGUGUCCUCAGCCGCUUCAGGUGUGCCAAGAGAACUUUGUGCCCAUGAUGUCUUACACAAACACACACACUCAUGCGUGCUUGCAUGUUUAGUCACAGCAGUAAAGCAGCCAUUAUAACAGCUUAUUUUAGACUAGUGUGACAUAAAUCCAAUACCCAUAACAGCCCCACACAUGCAGAGUUUUAACACAAACACACAUACACACACACUGAAAGCAUCGAACUGUCCUGCUAUGUUGCCUUUGUGUCCGACGUUGCCAACUUUUUUGCUCAGGAUUUCAGUUAAUGCUGCAUUCCUGUGUCAACACAAGCUCUCUUUCACACAUAAAAAUCCAUUAACAUGCCAAAGCAAAAAAAGAAAAGAAAAGGCCUGUGCUUACACACAUGCACAUACACAUUAGCAGCUGGUACAAGUGGCUGAAAGCCCACACAAUGGGCAGUAGUAUGACCUGUGCUAGAGCACCAAACAUUUACAUAAAAUGACAAAAGGGUGGAUUUACUCAGGAGCAAAAAUAAUAGAUACUCAUCAAGUGAUCUUGAUUGGCAAAAUGCACAAUUUCGUUUGUUACAAAAAUGUAAACGAUUUGUACAUUGACUGGAUGACUGAGGUGUAGCUCAUGUCUAAAUCCACCCAGAAUGUGUAUAAUACAUUGCGGUAUGUUUGGUUAAACCUGGCAAACUGGGUUUUUGUCCACUAGGUGGCAGCAAAGCCUUAUAUAUCGUGACAACACAGCAACGUGUGGUUCUGUAUUUAAAGGGUAAACCAUCAGUGAAUCAGACAGGGUAGAAAACAGCUGCUGUUCUGCUCUCUGUGGGCUGAGACGUUCCCACAUUCCACAUCUUCACACACCCCAGUCAGUGAUGUCAAACCAUUUCAUUUGUCUUUGGCAGCUGAUAGAAAGCACCUGCUAUGACAUCACUGGGCAGAGAUGCAACCAACCUGGAGGUUUAAACCUGCAGAGAGCAGCGCAGUCCUACGUGAUUGUGCAUUUAUCUUCUAAGCCUCCACUGAUCGUAUUAUUUUGACUUUUACUGUGACUGAAUGUGUCUCGAAGCAAUAUCGCCCAUAUCCCUGCUUUGUGGCCGGACUUGUAUGUGUUGUAAGCAGCUUUCUGAACUUAUAACCACAAGCAAUGGGAGCUUCAGUCAUUGAAUUGACAGCACUGCUGGAUAAAGGCAAUUUGUGACUGAGCCUCCAUUUCCACUGCGUAAUUCAUUGUCUGGCUGUGUUGCUCUAUAUGACAAACUACGAAUAAAACAAGAGAGGAAGGUGGUUUGGUUUGUGAUCAACGUUAAGACCACUCCAAAAUGCACAUCUGUUUUUUGUCGUGCCCAAAGUUACCACAUGCAUUUUAUUUGUUUUCCACCUCUUUAUCAGCAUCAUCACUUGACUAUCUUAUAAAAUGCUCUAGCAAUUAUGACCGAUGUAUUGUUGUCAAUACUGUUACUGUUUCUCUUGUGGUCAUGGGGUGAGUCGAGUAGUCAUAACAAGUUUGUCAAACACUGUAAAAAAACAUGUUUAGAAUUGGUUUGACUUGAAAUCACAUGAAUUCCAGCUGCAUUUUCAGUUUUCAUUUUCAAAAAACACUUGGUUAGUCUAAUGUGGAUACUACAAACUAUCGGGUAACGAAUAGAAAUCUGUGAUGCAUUGACGAUGUUUCACGCACAGUUAUUGUAGCACUAUUGACAUUGGACUAUCCAAAUAGCCAAACUGCAAUUUCCAAAGACCAUAAAUUUAACCAAAAACAGAAUUCAGGGUAUUCUUUUGACCUCUGACCUCAGACACUUUAAUGUGAAUUUGUGUGCAUUAUAUAAGUCUCCCUCAGAACUAAAAACAACAGCCAAGAUUACUGUCUAUUAUUACCCACACAUUUUUUUCUGCUCUUUUAAUAAUGAUAAAUAGCAAUUUUCCAUUGUGCAAAAACUGUACUAUACCUGUACUGAGCCUUUUUGCACUGGAAUAAUGAAUGUGUGUGUAGACACCACUUUUAAGCAGUGGUCUAUUGUCCUGAACUGGGCACAAAAGACAAUAGAAAACAGCACCAUGUAUGUAAAAACUCAAAUGCUGAUAAUCACAGCUUAAGGCAGUGCAUUAGUGUCAGUUAUAAUCAGUGUCUGGGUCAGUGUUAAUUUCAUGAUGAGGGUCAGAUUGUAGUUAAAAAUGUGGUCAUGAUUAGUGUAAGAGAUGCAGUAACACCUUGAUUAAAUAUGCACCGUGUCACCUGAUUGUUAGUUAAGUAUCAUCAUUGGACAAUAAAGCGAUAAUUAAAGCUUGUCAAUGCAGUAAAAGCCCCGCCCCCCCUGCUCUCUCACUUCUAACCUCAGACGAGAUGAUCACGUUUCAGGAUACUCAUUUACUUUUCUUGCUAAAUAUUUAAUGCUGCUGGAUUACUUGUGAGCUGUCGAACAAAUGAAAUUGUUACCACAAUGUAGUUGUUAUGUACAUGCAGCCUCUAUGGAGUAUAAAACAAUAAUGUCACAUACAAUGCAUUAUUGUCUUACACAGUGAUGUGUAAAGCCAGGAAUGGGCUUUCUGUUCAAGCACCGUCAAGCAAAAUGUCCUCAGUAUUUAAGCUAAUUAAUAUGUAACUGAUAAUGAGAUUGUCAAUAUCACACCAGAUUAUAGCUGUUGUCACUGGCCUGUUUAAGAUAAUGUAAUUAUUUCAUUUGAGUGGAUGAUGACAGUGAAGGUAAUGGAGCUGGUGGCAAUAACACUGUUAACUGAUGGGAUCCUGGCGAUGAUGAUGACAAUUAAUUAUCAUGGAAGAUACAAAUAAAGUCAAUCUGCUUGGGAUACCAA